GCAAGUCAGCAAACUAAUUGGGAAACUGACUUUCUUUGCAAACCGGAACCACCAAUUUCUUGGCAAGGUUUGGGUCAGGCUUCCGGAAAGAGCCUCAUGGCAUCCAGCUCCAGCCUUCCCGCUUCCUGGAGAAAGAGAAUUAGCUCGCCCAGAAGAGGCUAGGAGAAGGCGGCGUGUCCGGAGGUCUGAGGGCUGCCGGUGGGAUGCGUGGGGAAGCCCGGCACAGAGAGGCGGGCGCAAGCAGCCUAGCCAGCGAGGAGGCGUGAAGGGCAGCGGCAGCUCUCUUCGGAGCCCAGAGGAUGGGGUGGCACGGUCAGGAGGCCUUUUCUGGCGGGAAGCGAGGCCUCUGAAGGCGCACUCUUUCUGUUAGAUACCUGGCAUGUCAUCCUCGGGGGCGAGUGGCAGCUCCUGCGUGCCCCAUGGAGGGCUGGUCGCUCUGGCGGAGAUUGGCGGGGUGGGCCCACCUUGGGACCUGGGCAAUACUCUUAAGCCUGUCUCUCUGUUCAGCUUCAGCGAUUAAGAAAAGGUGGCAGAGCCAGCUCCCUCCUUAUCUGUGGUUUGAUUCUCUCGUUUUGGAAAUGCGGGUGAAGGCUGUGUGAGGCGCCUGUGCCAGGCAAGGGGUUGGUGGGGGUGUUCCCACGGGAACGUGCCACUUUGGAGCCCCUUUGCACUCUUUGUCUCUGGGGGCAUUGUCUGUUUGGGGGGUUCACUCUCGGCCUGGAUGUGCCUUUUGCAAGGCAGUCCCAGGGAUACCGACCAGGGGCAGGGUGGGCUUCCUGGCGUAGCUCAGAGGCCUCGGGCUGGGAGCGGGCAAGGCCAAGUCUGGGUGACAAGAGAUGACCCCUUUUGGGGUGGAAGCGAAGAACAGCAAUGCCUGGAUUUCAGAGGUAACUUUUCUGUGCUGCUCCCCCUGCUGGAACUUGGAUGAGAACCCCUAUUCCCCCCCUUCUCCCCCCAUAUCCAUCCAGUAACAGACAGGUCCUUCUCCGUGGCCGAUGCUAAGUGCACUUGGGGCCACCGUUGGUGGCGGGAGUCUGCAAAAGGGUUUUUAUAGCCUGGGCUCCCCCAGCCCUUCAGGAGGACUGUCCUCCGUUGCCCAAGAGAGGCAGCUUGAUGGCUGCAGACCUUCGGGGAGUCGAUGUGUGAAGCACGGAGGGGCCCUCCUGUGAACCGGCCCCUAACGUUGGCCCUGGCUUAGGGUCCAGGUUUUUCCCUAAGUCCACCCACUUCAUGCACUGCCUUCAGCUGGGGAGGCUCUGCUCACGAUCUCCCCGGGGCCAGUCUGGCUCCCCCUGCGGCGAGAGCAGGAGCGAGCGACAGCGCCCGGCCAGGAAACUCUCUCGGAGGGACGAUGGGUUCCCCACAGCUGCCAUUUUCAGAAAACAGCUGAAGGUUUGUGUGUUCGCCUAAGCACUUGUGGAACUGUUCCGCCCUGAGGUUCGAAUGUCGUUUGUUCUUUAAAAAGAGCUUCCCCCCCAGUUUCUGAGCACUGUAAACUUCUCUGGGUGGAAAAGCGCAUGGAAAUAAUAGUACUGGCGACAAGAGGACUGGGAGGCAGCCUUCGGGGGCGAUGAAAGGUGCCGCCCAAGCCACUCUCGGCUUCCCCGCUUUUGCGCCCCAAAUCCUUGUCUCAGUCUGAGAGACUUGCAGGUUCUCCCUGCCGCUUUGCUUUGCUUUGCUCUGCUUUGCCGCUGAAAGGCAUGUGGACUUAGAAUAGGGUGUUUCUUCAGCCUUGUCCUGGGUGGUGCAUUUCCUCUCCUCUCCCCCCCCCAAGUAUGCAAAAAGCGAAAUAUUGUGAAAACAUCUAGAAAGCUUCCCCUUCUCUGAGUGGAGGCUCUUCCUCGGCUGCAGCCGCACUGGAUAAUGGUGGCAGAUGUAAGCUGGGCUCAGUCUUAAUACGAGCAAUGCUGUGGCCUCCCAAGGCUGCAUCUGCCCCCUUACAGAAAUGUUCCUGUUCUUGCAAGCGAUGCUCCUUCGAACAUUCCUCAAGAGAAAAACAAUUUGGACUGCAUUCCGUGGGCUUUGCAGCUGAAAGGGUCACCGCCAGGGGGGCGAAGCCAAAAGCUGUCUGAGAAGGUCCUGCUGGGCCUUUUCUGGGUUCAAACUGCUCUGUGCUCCAGGUUAAGCCGCCUUUUUGAGUCAUUUGCUUUGGUUCUUGGUGGACAGCCGUGAACCAGCCCACGGAGGAGAGUUUCCUCUAGAGACCUAAACGUUUCUCCUUCUGUUCUUCCACAGGAUUCUUUAAGCCCUUAAUCUAUCCUGCCUUUAAAUCCAAGGGUUGCGGGGGUGUGUGUGUGUGGAAUGAAACUCUUCUGAUCUUGCAAACACAGCUCCUUUCACCAUAAGAGGAUGACCAGCUCUGAUUUAUUUUUCCCAGAGCUUGGGUCACCGGCUGACUGCCGUUCCUUGGAGCUGGCUGGAGAAGGAGCAUGAAGGUCUGGCAAAGGAGGGUUGGAAAGGUUUAUGGGCUGGAAUAAUGGAAGGCUCACAUCUGGUAGCCAGCUGUGGAACUCCUCUUCUGCUGAGGCAGCCUCAUAGGAGGGGCUUUUUCCACCCACUCUGCGAUCUGCACAGAAGAAACGGUGCUCCCUUCGCUUCCCCCACCCACUAGGCCCUCUGGCUGAGCUGGAGCCUCUGGUUCCUGGCAGCAGACGGGCCUGCGAGAGAGGCCGGGGAAGAGCCCCAGCUGAAGGAAGGUGUUGUUCUUCUCCCUACCAAGUGCCGGGUGCUUUGUGGGAGGGCUCCCUUUGGGUCGCCUGGAGGCAGCUGCAUGGGAAGCUUUUGCCUCCAGUCCUCCCAUGGACAGACCUGGAGCUGUGCUGGACAGGCCGGAGGCUAGGCGAGCAGGGUUGUAUGGGCAGCCGCUGUGUAGCGGAGGAGCUAAGGAGCAGGUGAUGUGGGGCCUGGUGCAGCCUACUCAUAGCCAGGGAGGACCUAAGGUUUCCUCCCUUCUUCCGGCUCCCAGGAGAGCUGUGGGCUCCCAAAGGGCAGGCUAGGGCUGCCUUCGCCGGUCGUGCUGUUGCCGUCCGGCCUGGCUGGGGGUCAUAUCAGUCCCCACCGCACCCCUGGCACAGACCUCUGUAUCCUUUUGGGCAGGAAGUGACCUCCCUGCUUAAGAGGGCACGGUGGCAUCAAGGGCAGGGCGUGCCGCCUCUCCUGGCUGGCUUCCUCACUGGAGACACACUGGUCUUGCCUUUGCUCAGGGUCAGCAGCAGCUGUGGCUGGCAGGGUGCAGCUCCCGCUUCCAUUUCCUAUGUACUGGCACCCGGUUCCUAGGGGACCGAGUGAUUUGGGUGGUCCAGGGAAAGGGCCUGGGCAGGAAGGGAAGAGAGGCCCUGGGGGGCUCCAGGGGAGUCUGCAGCCGCCAGAAAGCCCAAGGCGGGGGGAGGGGGAGGGUCUCAGCAAGGCCCCCACCCUGCCGCCCGGCCUGUUAGGGGUGCGCCUGCCGGCUGGGCACAAACAGGCCAAUGUCCUGCUGCCUCUCCUGCAGCUGGCCUGAGUAGGACUGGAAAACAGCUGCAAACACACAGACCGCUCUUGCCUCGUGGAUAACUUUUGGGGGGUCUUAAUGCUGGGCCAGCCCUUUGGUGUUUCCAGACAGAAAUGUGCUCCUUUGCUUUUUGCGCAAAGUGUGUUUGCUUGCCGGUGGAGCACAGAGGGCCCGCCAUUGUGUCAGACCUCCUCUGGACCUGCCCGGGUGGAGGGUGGCUAGGCCCCUCGCAGGCUGUCCUGGCAGAGCUGCUCAGGAGAGUUGAGCUUUAAACACAGAGCUUAAAAAGUUGGGUUGGUGUUCUUGCCUUUUAGGGCUAAAACAUCUUUGCACUUGGCACCGGGACCGUUUGGAACUGAGAAUUGAAACCCCAGGGCUUCCUGAGCCUUCUUCUGGAGCCCUCCUGCUCUGGGGAGGCCCAGCAAGUGCUCAGGAGCAGCAGGGGGUGUCCCAUUCUCUGCCACUUCCUGCCUGGGGGGCUCUGCUUGGGCAGGCAGGUGGGCUGGCCCUGGCCAGGGGUGCAUCAGCCACGCCUGGCUGCCUCUGGCAGAUUCGCAGCAGGGGAGCGGGACGUUUCGGGGAGCUCUCAUGGUGCAUGGGCAGACGUUAUUUCUUGAUGUAAUUUGGGGGGCGGGGGGACAGGCUGUGGCUGCAAGCCUCCUUUCGGCAGCCUAGGAGACUUGGUUGAGUUGGAUUAUUAGAAUUAGGAGGUGUGAUUUUUCUGCUUUUGGAGGCAGAGUGGAUGCAAAAAGUAGUUGAGUUCCAAGGUGGGCUUAGCAUAGCGUUAAAGACAAAUUAAAGCUUCCCCAAGAUCCCAAUCCUGCUGAUUUUUGUAUGUUUCCCACCUCCUGAAGUACGAGGCUCCUCCUGAACAUCACUCCUCUGCCCACAUAAUCAAUCUUCUUCUGGGAAGGGGCCUUUCCUGAGUGGCACAGCUUCUGUUGGCCCGCAGAAAAUCCCCACUUGGUGCCCAGCAGCUUUAGGGUGCAGGCCUGGUGGGCCAAGGCGAGAGGAGAAGGGCACGACGUGCACCUUGGGGGGGUUCUUGCCUUCUGCCCCACCCAGCCCACAUUGAUGCAGAUGGCAAGCUGAUCUGAGGUAUGCUGAGCUGGCGCUCUCGUGUCACAGGGAUUUGCACAGGGAAAUGGAGACGGCAUUUCCCCUCGCCAGGCUUCAACCGGAGGUUGGCUGGGGCCAGAUGCCCUUUGCUGCUCACCCCCCUGCCAGCUGCUUCCUCUCUGGAUAUAACUCUGGCUCAUUCCUCUUUCGGAGACCCAAAGUGACUCUCUGGGACAGAGAGGUCUUUCUGGGAACAAGAGCCUAGCAGGAAAGUUAUUUGUUUAGGUCAUUAAGACACUUUAUUUUCCUGUUAAAAAACAGAGAUGGCUCAUGUUUAUUUAGAAGUUAAUUCUGCACCGCUCUGGAACUGCAGUUUCCCAAGCUUAUCUCCCUAAACACAGAGAGAUUAGUGGGAUUUUGAGAGUUUUCUUAAGGUUUUGUUUAGCACGUGGUGGAGUUUUAUGUGGCUGGCAGGCAUGUUUCUCCUUCACAAGCAUGUACUUAUGUUCUAAACGGCCUCUGUUUGCAAAUAAAGUUUGACUCAAAUUUCCAUUCUCUUUUCGGCAUUGGCGCUUUAUCUUGCUUCUGAUGAGGGGCUGAUUUAGCCAAACAAGGAGGCGUAACAAGAGUGAGUUGCGUGGUGAGCCCAGAUGGUGAACCGCUGGCAAGAACCAGACUGGAGGCCUCCAGGAGCAGCUUUGGCCCUUCCGUCGGGGCCUGCUUGCAGAAGGAAACCUCUGGAACGCUUGAAAGCGAAGGACCUGCGGGGCGGCCUGGGUUGGGCUCAGCAUGGAGCCCCUGGCCUGCUCCUCUCCCCUGGCCUCGCUGCCCUCCAAAACCUGGAGGGGAGCUGCUGGAGCAACGCUUGGCCAGCGCCCUGUGUAAGGGGCCACCAGCAGCCACUGUCCCAGACACGGGUGGCCUUUCUCGUCUCAGACGGCUGGUGGUGGGGUUCUGGGGGAAGUCGCCUGAGCUGGUGAGAGCGGCAUGAUUGCCCUCCAUCUGGGAAGGGAGGAAGCUCUUGAGCAGCAGGAAAACCCAUCCUUAGCUUCGGAAAGGUCAGGGGGUGGGCAGUGGGGCAGCCUCGCUGGGCCAAGGGCCCUGGGGACCUGCACCUAGUUGGUGCUAAUAGAGAAUUGGUGGUUUCUGGGAAGCGGAUGCUGGAAGCUUCAUAGCCUGUGUGUGUGCAUGCACUGGGAAUGUCUCCACUGCCAGAGCCACUGUGUCUGGAUGCUAAGACCAGCCGGGGCAAGGGUGGCGGUGCAUCUCCCCCUGCCCUUGCCCGCAGAGAGGGGAAGGGCUCUGUUAUGGGGAGCUUGCAGAGGACCCUUUCAGGCCCUGCUCUUGACCCGGGCGCGGCAGAUUCUCAGCCCCUGGAAGAGUGAUGGCAGUCCCUGCUCAUCCGAAGCAGAGGGAAGUGGGGCUGGGGGGCCGAGAGAGCCCAAGUCUCCCCAGGAAGUUUCCCCCAGCUCCCCCUUGCUGCGAGCAAACGGAGAGCAGCUCCUCGCUGUCUUCUGUAGCCUGGUCUGGAAAGGGGGGGGGCAGAGGUGCCUCUUUGCCGGGGGCCGAUUCCCCAGAAACCCUGUGCUGCUGCUGCUGUUGCUGGAGUUGUGCCCUGGGGGCCAGCAGAACUUCCCUGCAGCUUUUCCUGUCCUUGGUGGAGCCAAGAUGUCUCCUGGGUGCCAGCUGCCUCCUCGCAGAGGGGGAUUAGCAGUCUAGCUGGGUGGUAAUCUUCUCUGCAGAGCAGCGGGGGCAAAGCUGAUCCCUGAGUCAGCACCUUGGGGUGGAGCUGCUCUCCCUGCAAAGCAGGUAGGGCACUGCCCCAGAGCAAGAAGGGCUGGCCUUCCCCCCACCUCUUUGCUGCUGCUGCUGCUGCUGCUGCUGCUGCUGCUGCUGCUGCCGCCUGGCGGGGUGGGGCAGCGUUGAGGAGCCCAGAAACGGGGAGCAAAGCUGGUGGGGGAUCCCUGCCUCCAGAGCAGCCCCCUUUGGCUGUCCCACUUUUCAGGGGAGAAUCCAGAAGCCUUCCCCACCUCCCAGUUGGCUUUUGCGCUGAGCAUCGUGACAAGGUCCCCAUCCGGUGAUCGGGGGGGGCAAAACGGCCCCUCGGUCUGCAGAAUAGCUGCAUGUGGAGAGUAAAGCGGGUGGCCCUGAUGGAGGAGAGAGAUCCGUUAAAGGGUCUAAAUCUGCUCUAAAACAAGAAGGAACACAUGAAGUCUCAGACAGACACCCCCCCCCCAAAUUCCCAAGAGUAUAAGAAAGGCAGGAGGCAAAGCAUAGUGGGCCUUGCCAGAGUCCCUCUUAAGAAAAGGAGUUUUCGACUUCCCUCUGGCCCGUGCCGUGGGGCUGACAUCACGCCCCUGUCUUCCCUGGGGUUGAGGCCCCAAAUGUGAAUCCGGGGGAGGGACAGAGCGGGUGGGUCCCAGAUCCUGGUGCCCCGCGGGUGCUUUCUGCCUGACUGACAGUUGGGGUUCGUGGAGGCUCAGCCCAUUGAGGGAAGCCCCCAGGGCGGUCUCCCCUCGAGGCCUCGAACGCCUGGUCACCACCGCUGGAAGCCCUCCACCUGCCCUCUCGGCUCUGUUCUCAGUGAAGUACAUGCGGGAGGCCACUCCGUACAUCAGGAAGCCGUCGCUCGUGUCCGACCUGCCGUGGGAUGGGGCAGCCCCACAGUCGCCCAGCCUCAGUGCCGGUGAGGAUUCUGGCUCCCCAAAGCACCGCAGCCCCGCCCAGGACCGCAGAGUCAUCCCCCUGAAGAUGUGCUACGCUGCCAGGAACCUGAGCAUGCCGGACCUGGAGAACAGGCUGAUUGAGCUGCAUUCGCCCGACAGCCGGAACACCCUGAUCCUUCGCUGCAAGGAUACGGCCACAGCGCAUUCGUGGUUCAUGGCGAUCCACACCAAUAUCAUGGCCCUCCUCCCGCAGGUCCUGGCCGAGCUCAAUGCCGUGCUGGGGGCCAGCCACGCGCCGGGCGGCAGCAAGGAGGUCAAGCAGAUUGCCUGGCUGGCAGAGCAGGCCAAGCUGGAUGGCGGGCGGCAGCAAUGGCGGCCGGUCCUCUUAGCCGUGACGGAGAAGGACCUGCUGCUGUUUGACUCCAUGCCCUGGACGAGGGACGCUUGGGCCUCCCCCUGCCACAGCUACCCGCUCGUGGCCACCAGGCUGGUGCAUUCAGGCUGCAGAUCGCCCUGCCUGGGAUCCGACCUUACCUUUGCCACGCGUACAGGCUCUCGCCAGGGCAUCGAGAUGCACGUUUUCCGUGUGGAGACCCACCGUGACCUCUCCACCUGGACCCGGACCCUGGUGCAAGGCUGCCACGCCGCUGCUGAGCUCAUCAAGGAGGUCUCCGUAGGCUGCGUCUGGAACAGCCAGGACGUCCGGCUCGCGAUCCACUACGAAAACGGCUUCACUGUAUCCAGGGAGGAGGCGGGCUCCACCAGCAUCCUUGUCCGAUACCCUUUUGAGAAGCUGAAGAUGUCUGCCGAUGACGGGGUCCGAAACCUGUACUUGGACUUCGGCGGCCCGGAGGGGGAGCUGGCCCUGGAGCUGCACUCCUGCCCCAAGCCGGUGGUCUUCGUCCUGCACACCUUCCUGUCAGCCAAAGUGACCCGCUUGGGACUCCUGGCCUAGCCGCAGCACGUGGUUCCUGGCCUUGCAAGGGGCCCCGCUCUGCCAGCCUCAGUGCCUUGACUGGACUUGUAACGGGAGCUGCGCGACCAUCUCUCCCCCUUCCGAAGAGCUCCGGGGGGAGGCCGCAGCCGUGAACCCCUUGCCUGGUCAGGGCAGGCCAGGCGGGAGCCGGAGCCGGAGCCAUUCUCUGGUUGGGUCGUGUGAAGCCAUUGUUCUGUUCCACUUACCGAACGUGCCUUUUGGUGACGGCUGGGAAGAGAAAGAGGAAGACCCCCCUGGAGCAAGCAAAGCGGGGUCUUGUGUGCCCAGCUUGCCGGUGACAUUACCCUGAGCUGGGUGCUGGCUGCUGCCACGGAGGGCAUGAGAUGGGGCUGGGGGGCUGCCGGGUGUUUGGGCUGCCGGGUCUCGCUCCGGAGAGGUUCCAAGUCCAGAAGGGGCCCGAAGAGCCCUCUCUCUCUUCACCCCGCCUCCAAUUUUAAUUUUGAUCAGAGAACCAGUAAAAGAAGCAGCCUUCGCUUAACAGAUCCUUUUUAACAUCAGAAAAAGCCUUCUGUCUUUGGUUCAGAAACCAGCAGUAGGGCAGUCGUUUGAGCAGCCUUCUUUGAGCGUCUCCGGCUUGCGGUAUAGAGCCCCUCCCUCUUACUGAAAAGGGGAGACCCUCUUUGGAAAGCAGGCUGACCCUCUCCCUUCCCGACAGCGUCACGGAUGUUUGCACAAUAUACAAGCCUGGAUCACCAUUUUUACUAUCUAACUUGAGUGCUGCAGAACCUCCCUCAGUUGAGUGAAUGUGUCUCGGCAAUUUGUCACAAGUCACUUCAAAAAAUAUAGAUGCUAAUCCACAGUCAGUGAGGAGGCCACCACUAACCACAAAGUAUGUCAUGCCCAUAGCCGGUUCUGACCAAGACCCUCCUUUCCCUCACCCCCAAUGGAACCGUGAGCCCUGCAACAAAACUGGUUGGCUCUCUCGAUAAAAAGGUUGCACGGAAUUCCCAAACUCGUCCUGGGCAAAUUGUUGCUGGAAGGCGGCAUCCAGCUUUUCUUGCUCUCCUGAGGAAAGGAAGGAAAUGGUAAAACUUGAGUUCUUGUAUUGGGAACCGAGAGCCCCUGGGAUUCCUCCAGUUCUGGCUUGCUGGCCCUGGCCUGGGGAGGGAGGGAGGGGCCCUCACCAGAGAUGCGCAGCCCAGAGCCUGCCUGCUCCCACCCAGCAAUGCCACCCAAGGGCUCUGCAGAGAGGAAGGAAAGGAGUCUUGCCAGGCUUGGGGCCCGAGUUUGCCCCCGCUGCUCCUGUAAUCUGUAGCCAGGUCUGGGUCUCAGACAUCAGUUGGAAACCUCUGAUCCUCCGUCCUUUUUCAGAUCCCUGGGAGGUCAGAGACUCUCUUGGCCCAGGUGAAGGACUUGCUCCCAGCUGAGAGGGAGGGGAAAGAAGGCUUCCUGACUUCUCCUGUGAGGGACUUGGGCGCCCUAAGCAGAGGGGGAAGGCUGACACUCCUGCGCAUGAAAUUUGGAUUGCAGGGCCUGUUCAAAGAAACCUCAAGGCCAGGAGAGACUCUGCCUGACCCUUUUCUGCAUUACAAUCCAGUUUUUAAUGGUGCUUGAGUCAGUUCCUCCCUGGAGAGAACUCCUCUUCUCUUUCGCCUUCGGUUUGGUGCAACAAUUCAAGCGGGUUUUCUCCUUUGCCCGGGGCUGAACGAGUUGCAACAGAUGGCUUGACACUCGUGUCCAUUGGCCCAGGUUCCCAUUCAGGGUUGCUGCCCGGGGCCACCCCAGCAUGUUUUAGAAAAGGUCCCCUGGGUGGGCACCCAUGCAGAUGGGUGGCAAGGCCGUGGGUGUUGGCUGCUCCAGGCGGGUAUGAAUGUAUGGCACUGAGGGAGGAGAAUCUGUCCGGCAUUGACAGACGUUUUCAAAUGGUGCUUCUAUAUCACGGCGAUGAGCGAUAGUACAGAACCAGACCGCCGUUUAAAAACACAGGAGGUCAGGAAGCGCAGCUGGACAGCCACCUUCUCACCCUUCCCUACUAGCACCUUUCCAGCAAUGCCGCAUCCAGCUCUUCAGCCGCAGGGACGGCCUCGCAGCUGCAGACCGACGGGCUGCCCGCCGCGGAGUUUGCGCCCUGAACUAACGCGGAGCAUGGAGCCCCCUGUGCAGGAUUUGAGGCGGGGGACGAGCAGGCGCCGGGUUCGGUCUUGGCUUUGCCCAGCGGCAAAGCGGCGCUCUUCAGGCCAGGGAACGAGCCGGACUCCGACGCAGCUGCAAGCUCGGGCGGCUCCUCCGGCUGCCUGACUGACUCCGCGGCGCCCCGUCCUCCCUCGCGACUGUCACGGCCGAAGAGCCACGGACGUG